GAGGAGGAGGAGGAAGAAGAGGAAGAGGGAGGAAGGAAGGAAAGAAGAGAAGAGAGGAAGAGAAAAUCCUUUAAAAAAAAGAGAAGAAAAAGAAAAAAAAAAAGAAAAAGAAAGAAGAAGAACCAACCAAAGAAAAGAAAAGAAGAAAAAAAAAGAAAGUGAUAAAUCCCCCACACAAAAAAAAAAAACCAAAAACCCAGAACCAAAACAAAACCAAAAAAACCCAAAAAAUAAACACAGAAAGAGAGAGAAAGAGAGAGAAAAGAGACCCACAUAAGAGAGGAAUUUGUGUAGAGGAUUCAUGGCCGUUAGGGGUAAGUGUAGCCGCGCAGGAGGAGCCUCCCGUCUACGUCUACAUCUACAUCUACAUCUACCGCGCUGCAGCCGCCGGGCGUAGACUAACCAAAAAAAAAAAAAAUCCCCCUCUCCCCCCCACCUCAAAAAAAAAAAAAAUUCUACCCAUUGCCUUAAGAUAUGCCUAGAAUGAGCAGGAAAACGUCUUACUCUUAUCACGGAGUCAAUGAAGGAGAGAGUGAGGAUGGGCAGCGUUUGAGGUUCCAGAUCGAGCUGGAGUUUGUCCAGUGUCUGGCUAACCCCAACUACCUGCUCUAUACCCUGUGUGCCUUUAUUUCUUGGACCUUUUGCAGCACGAGAACUUCAGGAAGGAGAUUGUCAACGGCCAGUGCGCCAAAUUCAUUGACGACCAGACCGUGCUACACUGGCAGCACUACACAAGGAAGCGUAUGAAACUUCUCGAAACGGGCUUCAAUCAACAGGGCUCGCACACCCCGGUUUUUUUAGAACCCGCCGUUUCAGGGGCAACCCAGGCUACUAUGCCACCAGUCUAUUAAAGGUCUGGGAGUCCGAAAAAUUGGGGAGGAAAACCAAGCUGGUCUGAGGGUUUUUUUUUAAGAUAUCUUCACGGGAAUAAAAUUUUUGGAAAAUCUUCGGGGGGGAAAAUUUCAGUGUUUCUUCAGAGGCUAUAAUUUCACCCCUGGAACCGUGUUUUCUCACUACCACACUGUCUCAUCAUGGAGUCAAAUUUUUUCGGGGUUUUUGGGGGGGCCCCAAAUUUGGUUGAACACCGCUCUUUCCCUUUUUGGUUCGGCACCUUUAGCAUGAGGUCUUCCGAAAAAAAUUCCCCCUCUUUUUUUAUCAGCCCCCGGGGGUCACCCACUGAUUAAAAUGGGAAACCUAAUGUUCCAAAUUUUUUUUGACCCCCCUUUUGCAAAGUACAAGGGAAAAUAUUUUUUUCCCGUUGACAAAACGCGUGAUUGCCCCCGGGGGCAGUCACUGGAGCCUCUUAAUCUACAGUAAAUAUGACAGCAAGUGGUAUCAUUAUGACUCCCAAAGGGGCUGCAACUACCGCGACGCUCGUUGCCUCGUACAAAGGAUUAACUCGUACUUGGACAGGGAUAUACCAGCUACCUUAGUGGAUGCUAGUUGCACACAGCAGGAUAAUAGCUAUGACUGCGGGGCCUUUGUCAUGACAUAUGCACAUAGAGCAGCUGAGCAGGCCCUGAAAGGUUCUGCCAUCGGGACGUGCUUUGUGGACAGACAAGAAACAAACCGCAUGAGAGAUUUGAUUAAGUCUCUUGUUUACAGCCUGAAGCGGUGAAGAUGAGAUGGGAAGACAUCAACACACCUCCUGCCUUGUUCCUUGACUGCCGUAUAAACCGUCAAAUUAUAUACUAGGCACACUUAGCCUAACCUGUGUUGAAGCUCCUAGUGAUGCUACGUGUCAGAUGUUGCUUGUCAUGAGCAAGACUCUGCCAGGGUCUGCCGCGUGCUGCUUGUUCCUGAUUGCUGUGGCAUUAUUAUUUUAUUUUAUUUUUUUUUUGUUGAUUUUGGAGUGACAAGCAGUCCCUUUUGAGUUGCAAAAUACCUAACUUAAACAUGUUCUAAGCCCAUUUAUGCUUCAUUAUUAAUGGAGAUACUUACCUCAGGUUAUUUUAUUAGAUGGUUUUUUGCUCUUGCACUGAAAAAAAGAACAGGAACUAUUUUAGAGACUAAUAGUCUGCUAACUGUUAGUUGAUUAACUGCUACUGAGUUUGCAAUGAUGAAUAAAAAGGUGCAUAGAUAA